CAAUGGAUGAAGACACUGCAAUUGCUGUCGUUGGAAUCGGUUGCAUCUUUCCGGGAGCUAACAAUAUAGAAGAGUUCUGGAGGGUUCUUGUAAAUGGGGAAGAUCACGUCCAAGAUAUUCCCCCUGACAGAUUCAAUGUUGAAGCGUUUUACGAUCCCGAUCCAGACAGUCCACGAAAAACUUGCGUCAGAAAGGUUGGACUCGUAAAAAGCUUCGAUGAGUGGGACAACAGAUUCUUCGGAAUCAGCGACAAAGAGGCUGAAUUCGUCGAUCCACAACAACAUUUUGUUCUGGAAACAGUACACAUGGCUCUUGAGGACGGUGGGAUAACAAGACAAAGAUUGAAUGGUUCUGAUACUGGUGUCUACAUCGGUGCUAUGAAUCAUGACUGGGAUUGCCUACUGCGUUCAGCAAAACAAAACAGUACUAAUACAACAGUAACGGCAGUAGACAGUAGUAUUCUCUCGGCAAGAGUGUCAUACUUCUACAAUCUACUAGGUCCAGCGAUAACAAUAGAAACUGCUUGUUCUUCCUCUAUGGUCGCCAUACAUACAACAUCGCAGGCUUUACGGAACGGCGAGAUAUCAAUGGCCAUCGCUGGCGGCGUCAGCUUUAUUCUUGAUCCAGAAAUUUUUAUAAACUUAUCAUCUGCAAGGAUGGCAUCACCUACAGGAAAAUGUCAUACGUUUUCAAAGGAUGCUGAUGGAUAUGCCCGCGGAGAAGGGUGUGGUAUCGUUAUAUUAAAGACACUUGCCGAUGCUAUCCGGGACAAAAAUAAAAUUUGGGGUACGAUUUUUACAUGUCUGAAUCAAGAUGGUCAUUUGAGUUCUCCAAUUACUUCCCCUUCUGGUGAACAACAAGAAAAACUUGUGGAAACAAUUUACAGAAAUAGCAAUAUUCCACCAAGUUCUGUGCAAUACAUAGAAGCCCAUGGAACCUGGACAUCUGUAGGAGACUAUACAGAGGUAAACGCAUUAGGAGCUUUCUUUUCGAAAUAUACAUCGCAAGAAAUACCGAUAGGUUCUGUUAAAACAAACAUCGGGCACUUAGAAUCUGGUGCAGGUGCGGCUGCUUUAUAAUCAAAGUACUCCUGAUGAUGGAAAAAAGAACUUUUUGUUCCAUCAAUUCAUGCUGAAUCAUUGAAUCCAAAAAUCCCUUUCAAAGAGUGCAAGCUAAAAGUAUGUCAGUCGGUUAGAAAAUGGUCACAAAAUGAGAAGGGGAGAAUAGCUUCUAUCAAUUGCUUUGGCUUCGGUGGUACCAAUUCACAUGCAGUUAUAACAGGCUAUCAUAGAAAAGACAAAUCGGAUAGCCAAAACAUGAACACGUGUCUAAGUCUGAAAAAGUAUAUAAUCCUAUCCGCUGAGGAUUUGAUUGCAUUGUACAAUUUAGCCAAACAUCUGGUGAUAUCUCUUCAGAACGAGAUCACACUAGCAGAUCUUUCGAGUACAUCUGUGCAUUUCAGAAGCCAUUACAAAUUUCGUAAAGUAUUUGUCGUGGAAGAAAUGUCUGAAUUAGUCACAGAAAUUGACCACUUUGUAAAAGAAGAAUUACCAGUAAAAGUCGUUGGAAAAGACAAACCAAAAAUCAUUUUUGUAUAUUGUGGUGUCGGUACAACUUGGAGGAAGAUGUGCAAAGAAUUUAUCACACAGGAUCAGAUUUUUAUGAAAACUAUACAAGAUAUUGAUAAUUUUCUGUGUUCUUUGACCAGUGUUUCAGUGCAGUCUCUCUUUGAAAAUGAAGGAGAUAUUUCAGAUCCUCUGGAAAAUCAUCUUGCAAUUUUUGCUUCCCAGAUAGCACUUACAGAGGUUUGGAAGCAUGUUGGUAUUUGUCCAGACGCCAUUGUUGGGCAGUCCGUUGGGGAAGUUGCAGCUGCAUAUGCAAGUGGAACACUUUCUCUACAAGAUGCAGUUAGAGUUAUUUAUUUUCGCUCGCUUAAUCUAUCAAAGGAAAGUGCGGGGAAAAUGAUAGUUAUUCAAAACUAUCCCAUUGAAGUCAUAGAGGAAAAAUGCUUUAACCUCAAAUGCGGAAAAGCAAACAUAGCAGUAUAUCACAGUUAUCAUUCGUGUGCUGUUUCCGGUGACAAGGGCGCCAUUGAAGAAUUGAAAAGAGGACUAGUUAGUCAAAAUGCAAAAAUUAUUCCUUUGAAUGUUAAGUGUGCAUAUCAUAGUCACUUAACUAAAGAAGCAAGUUUAAAAUUGGAAGAAACCUUAACAGGUCUGGAAUGGAAAACUCCCAAAACAACAGUUAUUUCAACAGUUUCUGGAAGAUUGGCAGAUACAUCGUUCGGGUCCCCAUCAUACUGGGCGGCAAAUGUAUUUAAACCAGUUCUUUUUCGCCAUGCAAUACAAGAAGCAAAGAAGAUGAACCCCCAUGCAUUGUUUCUCGAAAUUGGACCAAGCCCAGUAUUGAGAGCGCAUUUAUCAAGCAUAUUCCCGGACACAGUAGAAGAGUCUCUCCCUUCUAUGAAAAAAAACAACGAAAUAGAGAUUUUUCGAAAAUCCUUCAUUGACAUUUUUGGAAAAGGCAUUCCAGUGACAUGGGAAAACGUUGUACCGCGAACGAUUAACAUACUUUCAAUUCCCAAAUAUCAAUUCAACAAGAGAAAGCAUCUUGUAAAAUCCGAGAGACUUCGCAGCUUGCUCAGUGGAGAGGAAGCUAAUCAAAAUAAGAUGUUAAUUUCACGUGUCCCUGGGAGUUCAGAGCAGUUUAACGUCGUGAUAAGUCAAGAAAAUACUCCAUUCAUUUAUCAACAUGUUGUGGAUGGAAGCACAGUUGUACCUGGUGCCCUGUAUGGUGAAAUCGGUCUUGAAAUUGGACAUUAUCUCGUGCCAAACAGCGAAUUUACAGAACUGGAGAUUUCAUGGUCUAUCAAUAGGGCUCUUUUAGUCAAAGACACAGAGCAGUCUUUAGUAGUUAAAGCAAGAGAAGAAAACAAUCAGGUGAUCUAUUUUGAUGCAAAUUCUUCGGGAAAUAAGUCUGCAUUGUCAUCAGGAAAGAUAAUUCUGGCUAGGACACCUAAAGAACCCACUAUUGAUGUUCAAAGACUCAUUUCAUUGCUAAGCACAGAGCCUGAAUCUCGAAUUGUAUAUAUGAUGUUGCAAAGUUUGGGAUUUCAACAUGGUCCCUUAUAUCAAACCAUCAAAAAGUGUGUGAUUCGUGACAAUGAAACCAUCUGUGAAAUCCGUCUCUCACAAGAGGUGAUGAAAGAAAUUCCAAGAACAUGCAUGCAUCCUGUUAUUCUAGAUACUAUGUUUCAGUCAUGUUUCGGAAUCAAUGUCAGUAAUGGAAAAGGUAAAAAAGCCAGAAUUCUGCCAGUAAGGGUCUCCCAUUUAGUUGUGAGACAAAGACCGUCGCAAUCCAUGAUUUGCUACACAACUCUUGUGUAUGACAACGCAGUAAAUGCGUCUUUUAACAUACUCUUACUACAAAAAGAUGGAAGCGUUGUAGCGAAAAUGAGGAAUUUUGAGGUGGAAAAAAUUAAUUCACCGGAUGACAUACAUUCUUUCUCAUACCAUGAAACUUGGAAACCAGUCAAACUUCAAGAGAAAACAGUUCCAGAAAACACCAUUUUUGUACUUUCUUGGAACACUGAAUAUCUUUCUCUUGUAGAAAACACAUUUCGUAAAGAGCUUGGGAAUAUAGAUAUAUAUUCCUUGAAUUUAACAAAAAUAUAUGAUAAUGAAUUCUCAACUCUCCAGAAGAAAGCAGAAAUGCAGAACAUUUCUGUUAUAUUUUCCCCUGGACUUCCAGGAAUCGAUGAAAAUACGACUGGGAGAUGGCUUAAUGAUACUGUCAGAAAAACGAGUCAAGUUUUUCUUCAACUAUUAAAAUCAAUUUACAAAACGAAAUCGCACAUCUUGGUUAUAACAAAUGAAACACAACCUUGCAAAUCCCUGAAAACGUGUGUAAUGGGAGCAGAGUUAUGGGGAAUGGUUCGAGCAGUGUCGCAUGAAGGAACAGAACUUUCUUUCACUUUGUUAGAUAUAGACAGUCUGAAUGAAUUCUCCUUGAUGAUUAUCAGUAGAAUGUUUUCAGGGCUAUAUGCAGGAAACAGGCAAGUUCCAAAUGAAUAUGCUAUCAGAGGAAAUGUCCUUUACACAAAUGAACUCAGAAAAUUAUCUGAAAAUUUCCAUGCACGAUCCUAUAAGCAAAGCUUCCAAGAGGUGUCUCAACCUGUUUCUAUACGACAAAAAUAUGAGAGUGAUAAAUCAUCUUUCUUUGCCAUCCCUUGUUCUUUAGAAUCUGAUAACAUGCAUGCAAUUUGCGUAAAACCAACACAUGGACUUCCAUGUACAGAAGACACUUAUUUCAUUCACAAUAACAAUACUCCAGAACUGUGUUGUUCAGACGCCAGUAUCAACGGGGAAGAAAUAAAUGUAUGUGAAAUUCUUGGUUUUACAAGGCUUGGAAACAAAGAUGUUGAAGUAAUUGUCUGCUGUCAAAUGGAACUUAAAACAGAAAUGAUGAUUGACAAACAUUGUGUUUUUGCAAAAUCAAGCUUCAACGGCUACAGACUAGGAGAUAUGCAUGCUGUCAUCAUUGCAUUAUCUAUUGCUGAUCUUGUAGAGAAAAAAACAAACGUGCUUAUUGAUUGCAAUCAGAAAACUUUGGCAAUAUCUAAUUUUCUCUGCGUCCUGCUCAAGGAAAAAAAAUGCAAUAUAUCAUUCAUGAAGAAUACCAGUGGCAAGAAAAUGCAAAACAUUAAUGCAACAGAACUAGUUGUAUUGUCAGCUGAUGGAUAUCUAGAAAAAGAUAUAUUUCGAAUUUUGUUUCCAAAUGCGAAACAGUGUAUCUCUUUAAGGGGUAUUUUACCAAUGAAUUUGUCCAUGGAUUCAAAUCGUUCAAUGCAGUUUCAUGUGAUUGAUGUCACCGAAUUAUUUAAAGCAAAGCAGCUACGUGUUGCAUUGCAGAGGGCAUCUCGAGUAUUAAUGUCUGUACUGAAGAAAAGGAAUGGAAACAAUCUUCCUGUGCAUGACAGCUCGUUGAAUGUUACAGAAAUUUCCAAGAAUAUUGAGAUAAGGACACCUAAGGAAUUUCUUAUCAGAAAUGAUAGUGCUUAUGUUGUUGUGGGAGGCCUAACAGGCUUAGGUUGGUUGAUUGUAAAAUACUUAUCAAAAAGAAAAGCAAAGAAAAUAGUAUCACUGUCAAGGCGUUCCCUUUCCAGUGAAAUAGAGAAGCGAAUCUACAAUAUAAAGAGUCUGCAUGGAGUUGAGAUUAUUCACAAAGAAGUUGAUAUCACCAAUUUGAACAAUCUGACGAAAGUUAUUCGGUCAGUUCAACAUGAAAUGCCAAACGUUCCAAUUCGUGGUGUUUUGCAAGGCGCUGCCGUCAUUAAUGAUAACACUGUACCAAAAAUGACGCAAGAAAAAUUUGAAUUGCCUCUAUCAGUGAAGGUCCUUGGUACUUGGAAUCUCCAUCACCUUACCAAAAAUAUGGACCUUGAUAUAUUUACUAUGCACUCCAGUGUAGCUUCUGUGUUUGGAAACUACUCUCAAACAAAUUAUGCUGCAGCCAACGCAUUUCUAGACAGCUUUGCGUUUUACAGAAGAUCAUUAGGACUACCAGCACAGGUCAUUAACUGGGGAGCCUUGGACGUUGGAAUGGGAUCAGAUCCCACGUUAAAAGACAUUUUUUUUCACAAAGGAAUUGGUUUGUUGUCCGCCAGACAAAUAUGCAGUUCACUUACACAAAUGUUCCUGUCGGAUCAAAUUCAAGGAAUAUUUGUAGAUUUUAACAUCAAACGAUUUUUGACUGCAAAUAACUUAAAAUGGACGGCGUCCAAAUAUGCUGGACUAAUCUCUGCUGAAGAAAAAUCGGUUCCAAUGGCUGUUUCUGAGAAAGAAACAAGUUAUGAUUACGGUGGAAACAUGGUAGAACUUAUCAAGCAAAUUUCAGCACAAGUUCUGAUGAUUGAUGUUUCAGAAAUUGAAGAUACAAAUACCCUGGCUCAAUUUGGGGUAGACUCACAAAAUUCUAUCGAGAUCAUAAACUCAAUUUAUUCAGUAACAAAGGUAAGAAUUCCUAUUUUGCUCUUGUUGUCAAGUGAAUUUUCCAUACAAGAACUAGCCAAUUUUCUUGCCAACAAGAUUUCCAACAACACCUCGGAUGAAUUACCUAGUGACAGACAUAUUUCAGAGAGUACUUCAAAGGUUAAAAAAUAUCUUGAGAACGCCCAGUUGCAGCAACCUUUCUUUUUAUUCUCCUUUUCAAUAUCCACCUCCACAAAUAAACCAGAAUUCUGGAGAAAGGUAAUGCAGUUCUUCGCCAGAUUGAAUCCAACACUACGUGGUAAUGCCACUGAAGUAAACGAACAAACAGAUUCAUCUGAAAAUAUUGUGGAUGUUGAAGAUUUCAUUAUUCCUUUUGAGCAUUGUCAAACAAUGGAAGCACUCCAAACAAAACUUACGGAAAAUAGAGACACGCCUUUCUCUGUUUUUUAUGAUGAUAACAAAAGUCUUCAUAUGUCUUGUAGCGGGGCGUACUUUGAUGCCUUUUGUGGGAAGAUUAUUCAGAGGGAUUUGGAAAAAAUUGCAACAUAUGUCAUUGCGAAAAAUACUGUUCCUGGUUGGCUUGAUAAAGCAAACAUUGAUUUUCUUUCAUUGUAUGGUAGCAAAUUGCACGCUGUUGAAGAAAAGUCUAAACAAUACUGGAAGCACCGUCUUUGUUUGUGUACAACAUCAGCUAGUUUGAAAUCCAAAUUUCCCCUCUUGGAGCCUAAACACGAUAAGGGUAAAAUAUUGCUUCCAUUGACUGAUGUCGACCAUCUUAAAGAGCUUUCAUGUGAAAAUGAAUGGACAAUGUGCAACAUCGUGUGCAGUGCAUUUCAGAUUGCUCUGCAUAAAAUAACUAAUGUAGAAAGAGUCCCCAUAUUGAUGGAGGUUGACUUGCGUUCGCGGAUUCCGGAAUGUCAGGAACAGAUUCUAUCUUGUGCUAACAAUGUUCCAUUAGUAUCCCCAAACUUUUUUCAACCUGGAGUAACAAUACAUGACAUACUAAAUGAAAAUGAACAGGUGGUGAAGGAAGGAAUUUCAAACUCUCUUUAUACUUUUUCCGCCAUCAACGAGCUACAAGAAUUCGAUGACAAAUUACACAAAACCCAUUCUUUUCUGUUCGACACAAUUGAUGUAGCUGAUCAACAAUAUGUCAACUUAAAAUCAACACAUAUCGAAAAAAAUCCGAUUUCUGAAACACUGCUCUAUGCACUACACAAUAAGAUGGAACAGACGUUGGUGUUAGAAUUUCAUUUCUGUCCAGAACGUGUUUCCUCGUACACUGCAUCCAUAUUGACUGAGUCUGCGUUGAAUAUUAUCCAAACGCUUUCCGAGAAACACACAAAAACUUUGAAGCAGUUGCAUUUGCAGACCACAUUAGAAAGAGGUCCAAUAUCAUCUCCUAAAGCUUGUUUUCUUCUGGUAAAAGACAACGGCAAUCGAAAACAAGUUUUUCUAGAAGUAAAACAGGGUUUCCCGCCAGUCGUCUCUUGGGGUCCAGAUCCAGACAAACAGACAAAAUUGACAGAAAUAAUGGACGUCAACAUGUUUCAAAAUAAUGGUCGUUCUGGAUUAAGACUACAGUGUUUUGGAAGAAAAGCUGUGACGUUUGAAUCUUCAGAGGAGCAAGUGUGUCAGGCAUGGGCAACAUUUUUAAAACAGCAGUUGCCUUCAACUUCAUUCAUAAAACGGGCAUUUGAGGAAAACGAAAAAUAUAUUCAAUCAACUGAAAUGGAUGUUGAAAAUACCUAUCUAUGA